AUGAGCAAUGGACGGGUCAGCCUGCCGGCUUCGGUCUUGGCUGCGCUUCAGCAUCGCAACGGCGUCUUCCACGUGCCCAAGGAUUUAAUAUCAUGCCCGUUCCCUGAUUGCCGAUAUUCAUCACCUCAUCGCUUCAAACAAGCCUCCGAUACUCGCCGCCAUCUACAGUCUGCAUGUCACGCUCUUCGGAUCUUCAAGCCUACGCGCAGAUCUCUUACUUUCGAGAGGGAUGUUCAGCUUGAGCCAAAUUCAAUUUUCACGGGAACGCCAACGAGCUGCUCUCCGUCCAUUGAAUUAUUUGAAUCUGCAGCAGCCAAGCCAUCGUUCUCAGCAUCUGCACCGGACAGCUACUCCGAGAAUGCCGAGACCAGUGCCUUGCGGCUGCCAAUUUUGUCUCCCAUCACCCAGGCUCAGGCGUUGUCUUUCGGUCAUUCUCACGGAACCCUGGUCGAUCCCUCCUUCGUGGGCUUCUUGCCCGAUCGCAGAUUACCUGCCACGUACAGUACCAAUCACUUCAUGAUAGAAACCGCUGUAGCUGCCGAUACUCGUGCGAUGCCAGCUUCGCAGGCUGCGCCUCCCAAGCUCAUGGCAGCAGGUAGACGAGGCUUUGCGUCUGCCAGAGAGAUCGAAGCAUGGGAACUGCCUGACACGCCGUCAGAAACAACGCAGAUGCACCGUGCGUGUGACUGUCACCUAUAUCGCGACAGCUGGCCGCUCUUGCGGACCCACUUAUCGCCUACGAUUUGA